CGUAGGCCCAGAGCUGGCUCCUCGGGCCUAGAGGCCUGGGAGGCGGAGAGGAGGGACUCGGGGAGAGGAGCGCGCCGCAGGAGCAGCCCCCGGCCGGAGCCUGGGGAGCCCGGAGCCGGUCAGCGAGUCCCGACGAGGUCCGCCUCUGCUUUCACAGUCCUGCAGGUUAUUCCGAGAGCAGGGGAAAAUGAAUCAAUCUCUGGGGUCAGUGUCAUUCAGGGAUGUGGCCGUGGACUUCACACAGGAGGAGUGGCAGCACCUAGACCCUGAGCAGAAGACGACCUACAGGGACGUGAUGCUGGAGAACUACAGCCACCUCAUCUCUGUGGGGUGUCACAUUAUCAAACCAGAAGUCAUCACCAAAUUGGAGCAAGGAGAAGAGCCGUGGGUGGUGGAAGGAGAAUUCCUGCUUCAGAGUCACCCAGAAGAAGUCUGGAAAGUUCAUGAUCUGAUGGAGGGAAGCCAGGAAAAGGAAGACAAACAUUCAAGGCAAACUGAAUCCAUUAACAACAAAACCCUGCCUGAAGGGAGAGGUAAUGGUCUUGGUAAGACUUGUAAUGUGGAAACAAGCCCUGUUUCUUCAAGAAAAAUAUCCUAUCAGUGUGAUUCAUGUGAAAAGAGUUUAAAGUGUAUUUCAGAAUAUAUUAGUAGUGAUGGCAGCUAUGCAAGAAUGAAACCUGAUGAAUGUAGUGCUUGUGGGAGAUCACCUCUCCAUGUGAAGCUUGAAAAAACUCAUCUCGGAGAUAAACCUUAUGAAUUUAACCAAAACAGGGAGGCUUAUGCUCUAAAUGGAGAAAGUAUUUACCAGAACAUUCGCAUUUUGGAGAAACCCUUUGAAUAUAUCGAAUGCCAGAAAGCCUUUCAGAAGGAUACCGUGUUUGUUAACCAUAUAGAGGAGAAACCCUACAAGUGGAACGAAUCUGAAAUAGCCUUUCUCCAAAUGUCAAACCUCAGUGUGCACCCAACAACUCAUUUGGAAAUGAAACCCUAUGAGUGCAAUGCAUGUGGGAAAUCCUUCUGUAAAAAGUCCAAGUUUAUUAUCCACCAGAGGACUCACACAGGAGAGAAACCUUAUGAAUGUAAUCAGUGUGGGAAAUCCUUCUGCCAGAAGGGCACCCUCACUGUCCAUCAGCGAACACACACAGGGGAGAAGCCCUAUGAAUGUACUGAAUGCGGGAAAACCUUCUACCAGAAGUUACACCUCAUUCAACACCAGAGAACUCACUCAGGAGAGAAGCCCUAUGAAUGUAGCUACUGUGGAAAAGCCUUUUGCCAGAAGACACACCUCACACAGCACCAGAGAACACAUUCAGGAGAGAGACCCUAUGUUUGUCAUGACUGUGGAAAAACCUUCUCCCAGAAGUCAGCCCUUAAUGACCACCAGAAAAUUCACACAGGCGUGAAACUCUACAAGUGCAACGAGUGUGGGAAGUGCUUCUGCCGCAAGUCUACCCUCACCACACACCAGAGGACACACACGGGAGAGAAGCCCUAUGAGUGCAACGAGUGUGGGAAGUUCUUCUCUCGGCUGUCAUAUCUCACUGUGCAUUACAGAACUCAUUCAGGAGAGAAGCCCUAUGAAUGUAACGAGUGUGGGAAAACCUUCUACCUUAACUCAGCCCUCAUGAGACACCAGAGAGUCCACACAGGAGAGAAGCCCUAUGAGUGCAGUGAGUGUGGAAAGUUAUUCUCCCAGUUGUCGUACCUCACCAUACAUCACAGAACUCACUCAGGAGUGAAGCCCUACGAAUGUAACGAAUGUGGGAAGACCUUCUACCAGAAUUCCGCCCUUUGUAGACACCGGAGGAUACAUAAAGGAGAGAAGCCCUAUGAAUGUUACAUAUGUGGGAAGUUCUUCUCGCAAAUGUCAUACCUCACAAUACAUCACAGAAUUCAUUCAGGAGAGAAGCCCUACGAAUGUAACGAAUGUGGGAAAACCUUCUGCCAGAAUUCAGCCCUCAACAGACACCAGAGGACACACACAGGAGAGAAAGCCUAUGAGUGUUACGAGUGUGGCAAAUUCUUCUCUCAGAUGUCGUAUCUCACUAUACAUCAUCGAAUUCAUUCAGGAGAGAAACCUUUUGAAUGUAACGAAUGUGGAAAAGCCUUCUCUCGGAUGUCAUACCUCACUGUACAUUACAGAACUCACUCAGGAGAGAAGCCAUAUGAAUGUACUGAAUGUGGGAAAAAAUUCUACCACAAAUCAGCCUUCAACAGCCAUCAGAGAAUUCACAGGAGAGGGAACAUGAAUGUACUUGAUGUGGGAAGGCUUCUCUGAAGUCAGAUCUCUUAUAACGUCGCAGAACCCUCUCCAUAUAAUGAAUAAGGAACUCCUACCAUCCCGAGUUGGAGAGUUCAUACAGGUGGGUGUGAACAAACCUGUGAGUAUUUGUCAGACUUGGAACCUGAAAGUUUGCAGGUUGGAAACCGCAGCUGUAACUAGGCCACAUGACAUGCUGACAGGAGUAAAAAUCUAUCAGUAUUUAAAUUGGACAUAGUUUCACUAUGAAUUCAAACUUUUACAUAUCAGGGAAUUCAGACCAAGGGGAUAUCUUUCAAGGAACGUGGAAAACAUUGUUGGAAAUUAUGAAACUAAAAUUUAUGUUUCUGAUAAAAUGUCAAGCUUUUGUAAAAAAAAAAAAAAAGAAAGAAACCACAGAGGAUGGCUGUUUUGAAUAAACAUGCUCCUUAUGUACAUAGAAGCUGUAAAAUCGCUGGGUAGCUAAUUAAGAUGGCAGCAUGGCAACAUUAAGCUCACACUGAGUGGAUCCUGAGGGUGUUUGGGUGUUUCUGUUUGCUUUUUAGGAUGCUGCAUUACAGGAGUUGUAUGUUCGGCUUGAAUCAUGUUUGAAAAGGCAUUGUAUCCUUAUUAGAAUAAUUUCUAAGGUAUUUUAAAUAGCACCACUAUGUUAGCAUCUAAAUAUGUAUAGAUAAUGAACUAAUAUUUGAAAGAUAUGAAGUAUACUUCUCUUUGUGCUCUUCCCUAGCAUUUAUAAAUGGAUUUUAUCAUUGUUAAUGAAUUAAGUCUUCCAUAAGGAAACCAAUGUUUUUAAUAGUAUUUUAACUGUAUCUGAAUCAGCAAGAGAUAAAAAUCUGCAUAAAGUAGAAAAUUGCAUAGAUAAUUUAAAAUGGUUAAUGCCACAAGUCUCUGUAGUAAGGGACAGCUGUAGGACUCAUUGCAAUCAGUAUGGUUUAAAAAAUGUACUUAAAAUAGUCUCAUUUUAAUCUGUUUUUUUCACUUACUGUUUUUUAUUUAGAUGCCUUUGUAAGUGUGCAGAGCACAUGUACUAUGUAACCUAGAAAUUAACUGUAUUUUUAUUUGAUACGGUGGUGUUUUUAAGCACCAUGGUUUGCUCCUUCCUGAAUGGAUUGAGAGAGCAGGUUCGUAUGGGUUGUAGCUAGUGUUGCUGAGUGGCCAACCUAGUCACUCAUUCCUUGUUUUUGGCUGCCCGAGUCUGGGUAUCCAUUCCUCUUGAUGGAACAGGGGAUAAAUCCUGAUUAGUUUCAACCAAUAACGAUAAUCCCUUUCUCAUAACCAGUAAUUGGUUUAGAUUAUUCAGAGGACCCCAUGCUAGACAGGUAAAGGAAAUAUCUUGAGCAGGUUAUUUCUGGAAAAGGUUUCUUCAAAGCUUCAAGGAAUCAUGCCAGGUGAAGUGGGAUCCUGUUCAACGUUUCCUUAUCUGGCUGUGUCUUUCAACGAUGGUUAUAAUUUGUGCAUGGCAGAGCAGAAAGCCUGGAAGAACCUGGGACCUGGAUGAUGCUCUUGAGCUACUGAACCAGCCAGCCGUGUAGCCACUCUAUCUCUGGACUGUUUCUUUUGUGAAAAACUGAAUUGUAGAUUGAUUUAGGUUGCUUCUAGUGAUAACUAAAGAUAUAGAGCAAUUGAGAAGUGGGCUUUAGGCAAAUCACUUUUUUUGAGGUGUUGAUAUAGAAAUGAUCUUAUUUUCUGUAAAUUUUGGUGUAAAUACUACUCAAAUAUUUGAGUAUUAGAAAACUUGAAACAAUUCAAUGUGUAUGUUUUCCUCUAUUUUUACAUCACUGACCUAAGAACUUUUGGAGCCUGAUAUGAUGUCAGGUAUAUCUUUCUUUCCAUAAUGCAUGACAUAAAUUUUGUUUAGGUUAAUUUGUUAUUCAUGGGUCAUUGCUACCGUGUUGUUGAUGAUAUAUGGCGUAAGGUAAGGACUCACUUCUGUUUCUUUUCCAGUGAUUAGCCUGAUAGCCUGUAUUAUUUGAGUCAUCCACCCCUUUCUGCAGAGAUGAGAUGCUAUGUUUCUCAUGUUUUUCUGUCACUCAUGGCUCCCAUUUUUCUUGCUCAUCACUUUUCCAUCAGAUUUGUCUAGAUGAUCUUGAGUCUGCUGUGUAACAGGUACUAAGAUUCUGGUACAGUGUAUAGUUUUAUGUAGGAACUAUAUAUUCAUAGUAUACUUGUUGAAGGUUUCCCACACUAAUGGGAAGUAGCUUAAAUACUCAGUAUGCAUUUUAAGUAAAAUAUUUGGAAAGCUUAUAAAUGAUUUACCACGUUCUUUUUCUGUUACGAAGUGCCUGAUACCAAAGGGCCCUAUACAUGUGUAUGUGGCCCUCAACUGCCUCUUCAGUAAUACGGUUGUAGAAUUUCUCUAUUGUUUCAGAGACACCAGUGUUUUCAUACUAUUACAUCUCUGAAAUAGUGUAGCACAUUCUAAUUUAACUGGUGUUUUUUCUUCCUUAGAGGUACUUAAAAUAAUGGUCUGUCUUAUAUUUGAUGGAUGAAAUGCAAUAUUUGAAAAGUUUUUAACUAUUCCUGGCAAGACCUGCAUUCAUGAAAGAAGGCACCAUGGGAGAUGGCCCACUCACCCAUCUGGCAGCAAGGAGUGAAUGUGGAAUUGUGGCAGAGCGCAAAUGCUUGCUUUUUAUAUGCACAGUGACUUCAUCCUGUGGAGCAUGAGCAGAUUAGGAACUCCCAGUGGAUUUCCAGGGGCUAAGCCAGGGGUUGACCCCUCCCAGCACCUACAGGAAACAUGCUUCUGUGUGAUCGUGUGGAAAGCACAAGCCAGGACUUCCAUGUGCCUCUUACUGAUUCUUCACCGGUCAAUUCCCCCUUCAGGUUUGUUUCCCUUCUGUUAAAUGAGACAAAAAUACACAAUCAUGGCAAACCCUCCAGGAACUACUGCUACUCUUGAUUGAGAAUAGUAACAACAGAAAAGCAACAACUUUUCUAAGAACAGGAACAACAGAAAAACAACUCCAGAUGCCGGACUUGGUUACAAAGCUGACCAGCUUCUGGAUAGGAAUAGUGGAGAAUGAAGGGAGGGGAGACUCGCCCAGCACCCCACCACACCGGCCACAUUUCUCAUGCCUUCCGUCCCUGUCCCCAGCUCCCUUCUCUCUUCCCCUGAGCGACACACUCCUUUUCUGUGUUUCUGCCGCUGCUUUCCUGGAGCUCGCAUGGGGUUCGGAUCCGAGGGUGGAAGGCAGGGGGUUUUUCCCGGUGAGGUUCGCCGAGCGCCCUCCUGACCUCGGUAGAGAUGCCUUAUUCCAACAGAGCCUUGGAGACUGAUUCACUUCAGCGGGAAGCUAUCUCGGGGCCAGCCUCUCUGAGAACACACAGCUACCGGAGGCUCCAGCCGCGCCUCUACAACGGCGGGCCAUCCGCGGCUGGAGUGCCCCCGGCCCCGGACAGCUGCGCCGGAUAGCGCAGCGAGAAGCAAUAGACCACAAAUCUAAGAAAACUUGGGAAACCGCCUGGCGUGCUGCAGUUCGUGGGGUCCUAAAGAGUCGGAUACGACUUAGCGACUGAACAAGGGAAACCCGGGAUUCAAACCACCGCCGCCUCCAGUCUAGGGCACACGAAUCCGUAUUUGGGCCUAAAGGACGCGCGCCGCGAAGGGGCCACGCCGGGCAGCGUCAGAGCUCGUCUCACCUCGCUGGGAUGAGGGGCCCGGCAGUGAGUCAGUCGCUCUGCCCUCUGGGCCGCGCUCGGGCAGCCUCGGCGGUUAGGAGGAUGGAGACGCCGCAGCCGGCGCGGCAUCUUUCCCGAACGCGGCCCUCAGGGGGUCUCCCGAGUCAGGGACGCAUCCCAGGCGGCAGUGCCUAAUGUCCCCGCCCCGCACCCCUUCUCGCGGCCUCCGGCCACCCACGCUCACCAGGCAGCCGACCUCAACGCGCGAUCGCACGGGCACAGGCAGGAGACCACAGGUCUUUAAUUAUUUGGCAUGCACUUCUUGAUAUGAGGUUAAGCAGGGAUCCAGUUUCAUCAGCCAACUGCCUUAACAUCAUCUGCUUCCUCCUGUUGGUAAG